AUGCCAAAGAGAAAACUCAUCGAAAGAGCAGAAGAAGACAGCAAGGAGGGACUAAAGCAAAGUCUACAACAAGUAAUUAAGGGAAUUGUGGAAGAUGAAGGAAAACUUGAGGCUUUUGUGAGAUUUUGUGAAAGAGCAAUCAUUUCCGAAAAUCAGGAUCUUCCCUAUUGGGCAAAAGAAAGUGCACCUUUCUUCUCAACACUCGACAUUACACCUAUGAGUUGGAAACCUGAUUUUUCAUUCCCAAAGGAAAGUUUGGAAAGGAUUACCGACAUUUACCAAGAGAAAGAUAGCUGGGAAAAGUUUGAAAGUUUAAAGCUAGAGCUCGAAUCCUCUUUUGAAGGGUGCAGAGCCAGUAUUGGGACAGUUAUGGAGUUGUUAUGUUCGACACGAAAGUUGUUCGAUAUUUAUAAAAGAAGAGAACCUUUGGGAGACAUGGUAGUGUCUUCAGCCAUUAAUAGUCUAUUUAAUGCACUAUGUUCAAAUUUUAACAAUAUCAGUUUGAAUGGGUAA